AUGCAUCGCCACAUAUCAUUCGGAAAAGCAGCAUUUGCUCAUGGCCUUGCAAUCGACGAGAGUUACCAGAUUUUCCAGUGGUUGAGAAUUUGCGGCUGCUGCAGAAAGGAAGCAGAAUGUCAUAUCUUCAGAGGGCACGUGUUUACUUGUCAAUUAAGUCAAGUUGUAAGCAUAUUGAACAAUAAACAUGUUAGUACACGAGAAAUUUUAACGAAGGCUUACCUUAUCACGGUGAAAGCUCGUAAGCGCGUCAAUUAUGCCAUGAAAAUGAUCCAGCAGAAAGGAUUAUUAACUUUUAUUUAUAUAAAAGUGAGAAUAAGACCAAUUGAACAAGUAGCAUUAAGGCCAAGAAUAUUGGAGUGGCGAGCAGCUUACUAG